GACAAAAAUCGCCUCCACAAUUGCAAAGUAGAUGUCGCAGCAAGCGUUGCUGAAUUGUCUGAAACCUUCGAUUUCGUCAUGUGUCACUUUGGCAAAGCAAAGAAAAAAGUAAACACGUUGUUGUUGGAUCUCAACCCGCCGCAACCCAACGAUGGACGAUCCGGCGGAACCGCGAGCUAAGAUAUUCAUCAAUCCUAACUUCAAGAAGGCUCAUUUCAACAGGAAUUUUCUGCCCCAGCCUGCUGCGAUGCAAUCCGUUCCAGUUCCGAAGGAAGUGGCCACCGCGACUUCGUUGACAGUUCCGCGAGUCCACUUCAAUCCUGCCUUUUUGGAAAAGCUUCACCGUCAACGGGAACAACAGCAGGAGGAACUGUUACUGCGUCCAGCGGAAGCAACAGUUGUCCCACCAAGGCCACCACCGAAUCCAAUCAUCAAACACACGAUGCGGAAGCUGAUUCGUGCUUCGUCGAGCGUGCCUGUUUUGGGGAGUGGUCCUCGUGCGCCCCUGUUGGCACCGUUGGUCAAAAUAAGCAAAAACAAGCUGGUGCGGUCGACUCCGGUUCCGGCGGUUGCUCCGGUGGUGGUCUCGAACAAGCCGGCUAGUUAUAGGCUUGACCGGAGACCGGGUGUGAUGUCGAGGGUGGUUCCCAAGGUUAGGCCGUCGUCGAUCCGUCGGUACUCGCUCGUGCGGUCGACCAACUCAAUCAGCCCGCGGAAGGUCGUCGUUACGGACCGGAGGUUGCUCAAGCUGAGGCGGACCAAGUCCAUCGGGAAGGGUUCGGCGGCCCGUACCUUGCCGAGCAUUUCGUUUGCGUCGCCUAACAAGAAGCUGGUCAUGCUGAACAUCAACGGAGUGCUGUACCGAUCGUCGACGAACAAGCUGCAGGUUCAGUCGGCUAAUCCGGCUCCGUCGCAUUCCGGUGACAGCCGGGAACGGAGUUUAACCAUUCGGGGGACGCGGUUCUUGCUUGAUUCUAGUGGGACUAAGUUAAGGAAGGUGCCGUCGAUGUCGGUGGACGCGGCGAUGGGCGAGGCUCGUUUGGGACGGAUUGAUAUUGGAGGACUUACGUACAAACCGGGGAAGGACGGGACCUUUGUGCGGACGGAUGUGCACCGGACGAGGACGCAUUUGAGUUUGGCCAAGCACAAAAGCAUCCAAGUGCUCACAAACAAGCUGCGAAAAUGCAACAUUCCGUGCCAGAUCUACCGCCGCCUGGGCAAGUGUUCCGCCCAGCUCAAGGGCAAAUGUCCGCGUUUGCACGACCCCAAACACGUCAUCAUCUGUCCGCGCUUCCUCAAGGGCGAGUGCACGCUGGCCGCCGGAUGCCUUCUCUCCCACGACGUUUCCCUGGAAAAGAUGCCCGUCUGCCGGUUCUUCCUCGAGGGUCGCUGCGUCAAAAACGACUGUCCCUACCUGCACAAGAAGGUCAGCGAGACGGAACGAAUCUGCGAGGACUUUCUCCGCGGCUACUGUCCGCUCGCCGCUAAGUGCCAACGCCGCCACGAGUUUGUCUGUCCGGAGUACGAUCGACUGGGGGUGUGCGAUCGGUCCAAGUGCCCGUACCCGCACGGCGGUCGGAGCAAGACGAUUGCAAAGAGCAAACCGGUGGAAUCCGCGCCGACGAAGGCGGAAAGUUCCCAAGUGCCACCCGUGAAGAGAUAUUACCUCGAUCGGGAGGUUGAAGCUACGGGCGGAAGUGACGAGCUCAGUGCGGAGCAAAAGUCACAGCUGAAGCGACUGCUCGGCAAGGUGGACAAAAUGAAGCAAGGUCACGUGGAAGAUGGUGGUGAAGUGAUUUCAGGGCCGAGUGAAGUUGGUGAAGCUAAUGAAAAUAACAGUGGUGACGAUGAUGAAGACGACGGAGACCACAGGCCACCGAUCAUGAAGCGGGCCAAGCUGGGACCGUUGCCGUCGUUUAUACCGAUUUGAAUUUUUAGUGAUGUUGUGAUUUGAAAUGUGAGCGUGAUUGAUUGUCACAAGUGUUUGAUUGCUUUUAACAUUGUUUUGGCGAAAAAUAUACUUGAAAUUUUAAUAACCUCGAUUAAGACAUGAUUUGAAAAAAAAACAAUUAGUUUAAGUUCUAAACCGAAAGAACAUAGUGAAUUCGUGAAAAUAGGAAACAAUAGAAGCGGCUGCAGUUCGUGCUGAAGUGAAAACAUAAUAAAAUAAGUUGAUUUCAGUGUAAGCAUCAUAAUUUGGUGCAUUGAACAAGUACAAUAAAAUAGAAUUUAGUACAUUA